AUGCCUGUCGCUCCACCAGCCUCCACCUCCCUCAAGGACCUCUUCAGCCUGAAAGGCAAGGUCGUCGUCGUGACCGGUGCGUCCGGCCCGACCGGCAUCGGCACCGAAGCUGCGCGCGGCUGUGCGGAAAUGGGCGCCGACGUGGCCAUCACGUACAGCUCGCGUCCGCAGGGCGGCGAGAAAAACGCCAAAGAGAUGAGCGAGAAGUUCGGCAUCAAGAGCAAGGCGUACAAGUGCGACGUCAGCACCUACGACGAGGUGGAGAAGCUGGUCGCCGACGUGAUCAAGGACUUUGGCAAGAUCGACGUCUUCAUCGCCAAUGCCGGCCGCACCGCCGACAGCGGCAUCCUGGACGCCUCGGUCGAGAAGUGGAACGAAGUCAUCCAGACCGACUUGAACGGUGUCUACCACUGCGCCAGAGCCGUGGGUCUGCACUUCCGCGAGCGCAAGACCGGCAGCUUCGUCAUCACCGCCUCCAUGUCCGGCCACAUUGCCAACUACCCUCAAGAACAGACUUCCUACAACGUCGCCAAAGCGGCCUGCAUUCACCUGGCUCGGUCGCUGGCCAAUGAAUGGCGCGACUUUGCCCGUGUCAACUCCAUUUCCCCAGGUUACAUUGACACCGGCCUGUCCGACUUUGUGCCCCAGGACAUCCAGAAACUGUGGCACUCCAUGAUCCCCUUGGGCCGGGAUGGAAAGGCCACCGAGCUCAAGGGCGCCUACGUCUACCUGGCCAGCGAUGCCAGCACUUACACCACUGGAACCGACAUCGUCAUUGACGGUGGCUACACUGCUCGAUAA